AUGAAAGACGAUCCUGAAAGCAAGCAAGAGGAGGGAGGAAUGGAAAGGGUUGAUAAUAAGGUAUGGACUCUCGAGUGACUCAGCUAAAUGAAAAUGAAGGAUUUAAGGAUUUAGUAUCUAAAAAGGUUGAGUUGUGAAGUUAUAUCGUCUAUUUUUGCUCCAAAAGGAUGAAACCGGCUCCAGCAAUGAUGCAAUGGACAAGCAUGACAGUGUUGUUCAAGGUGAGUGUUCAGCUACCUUUCAACGUGUCUUUUUGAAUGAAACACCUUACAAACUGGAGAAUCUGUGAGUGCAUAUAGAUUAUAGGAGUUUUAUCAACUCCCAAGUUCCACCUCGAUCAUUUUCUGCAGGUGUCACGUGGGUUAAUCUACAAAUAGAUUGCCUUCAGGGGAAGUGUAAUUUUGUCAAAACGUUAUUUAUUUCACAUAACAUUCUGUCAUAAAAAGCAAAUGUUUAACUUCAUAACAAACAAGUUUUCCCAUCUCAAAAAUGGCUAUAAAAGUUACUAUAAAAUGCAUGUGAAUAUAUGUAAACAAAGCUUUGAUCUGAUUCUGUUACUUUCCAGACACACUCUCAGUGGAGAUGGCCCAGGAGGGCUUUGGCCAGGAGGGCUUUGGCCAGGAAGGGUUUGGCCAGGAGGGCAUGGAGCUGAAGGGUCGCCCUCUGUGGCCCGCCGGCCCUAACCUUACCGCCAGGCUGCGUCGCCUCAUCACAGCUUACCAGCGCUUCAUGCGGCGCGAGCCCUUGCGUCAUGACUUCUUACUGCCAGGGGCGGGCCCGGGGCCGAUGUCCUGGCAACUGGGGGAGGAGCUUAGGCGCUGCACGGCAGCCGCUGCCAAACCUGACCCUCUCUUCCUGGAGUGGCAGAGAAGGUGGGUGAUGAUGUCAGAGCAAAGGUGGGUGAUGUCAUUGAUCCCCUACAUUAUGUCCCUUUCGGUUCCUAGCCCCUUACCCCCCUCUAUGUUCACCGUUCUGUAAGGCCUGGGUAUAUCUUAGCAAUACGAUGCUACCUUUCCUAUAAGGCCUGGGUAUAUCUUAGCAAUACGAUGCUACCUUUCCUAUAAGGCCUGGGUAUAUCUUAGCAAUACGAUGCUACCUUUCCUAUAAGGCCUGGGUAUAUCUUAGCAAUACGAUGCUACCUUUCCUAUAAGCUAACUUUCACAAAGCAUAUCCUUCAAGAUCUAUGAACACCUGCUGGGCUAGGGGAUGAAAUUGGACUGGUUCCUUGUUUGUGGCCCUAAAAUAUUGUGCGUGUCAAAGACAAAAUAUAGAAAUGAAGUCAGAAAUGUCUUCAUUUGGAUUAAGAAAUGUGACUUCAAUGUGUCUUUCUGAAACCAGAUGGCUUUUGGGUGAGAUACCCACAGCUGCCUCCUUCGGCAGUCACAUGGUCAGUGCAUGUCCCCCUGAUAAAAGGCUAAUGGUAGGCCUGUGUUUUUGUGAGCAGGUGGACACGGCGUGAGCAAGCAGAUUUCUACCGCACAGUGUCGUCGUUCGGCGUGGUGUACGACCCAGAGAAGAAAACCUUUGACUGGAGUCAGUUCCGAUCCUUCGCCCGGCUGGAGAGGAAAACGGACGAGAGCCUGGAGAGAUACUUCAGCAGCUUUGUGUCCAUGUGCCGCACCGCCUGCAGAUUGCCCCCCAGGAAGGACGAAGGUAACUACUCCACAGGAGGCAGAGCAAGAGAGCUUACCCUUUAAAGGUGCAAUAAGUAGGAAUUUCAUCCACAAAUAUACCCACAUUUCUAUAAUAUGUAAAUAGUUGGUUAGUCACUGCUAGGGUUGCAAAAUACCGGUACCUUUCCCAAAAUCCCCAGGUUUCUAAAAAUCCAGGAAUAUGCAGGAAAUCAGUAAUCAUCCAACCAGAAUGUUUAAACCCUAGGGAAUGCCAAAAUGUAGUUAUUUUGUUAGGUAAAUCUUGCUAUUAGUUGAAAUCGUUUUUUUUUUUAAAGGCAUUUUACCUGUCGAGCUAAUUGUUUGGUCAGAAUCUAGCAUGGAAACAUGGGAAUUUGUAGCUAUGCUAACGUUGCCUCCCUUCUGAGGCACAUGUUGCUAGGCAAUCACCCUACACUUGCCCAGGCAGGGCUGCGCCAACUGUGGCUAAAGCCAAUGUGAUAAACUUGCUAGAAUACUUUUGUGCUAUGAAACUAAAUAAAUACUCCACUUAGAACCACAAAACAUAUUUUCUAGAUUCAAAAUAGUGUAGUUAGACAAAGCAAGGUAAGUAAUUACGUGAUGUUGUUUUAUUGGGAUUUGCAGCUGUUGUUGGUUAGUAAUGCAUCCUCCAAGCUUCUAAAACAACUUACUCAACCUUUAACAAAAGUCUCUGCCAAAGGAAAGUGUCUUAAAGAGAGAGUUCACUUUAUAGAUUUUUUUGUGUAUUUUAGCGGUGCUUUCAAAAGCAUGGGGAAAGAUAGGUGGAGGUUAGUAGAUUUAUGACAGUAUUAUUUUUACAAUAGUAGUGAUAUUGCAAUGGGGUGAUUUGAAUGAUACAAUUAUAUGAAAGUAAGCCCUCUCCAUCUGUCUGUCAGGGCCUCUGGACCACAAUCUGUUUGUGGAGCCCAUCACGGAGGAGCGAGCAGCACGCACCCUCUACCGCAUCGAGCUGCUGCGCAAGGUCAGGGAGCAGGUGCUGCGCCACCCGCUGCUGGGUCCACGGCUGCAACUGUGUCGGCCCAGCCUUUACCUGCCCGUGUGGUGGGAGUGUGGCAAACACGACCGCGACCUCCUGAUUGGGGCAGCCCGCCACGGCCUCAGCCGCACCGACUACUACAUCCUCAACGACCCGCAACUCUCCUUCCUGGAGGCCCACCGCAACUACGUCCAGAAGGAGAAUCACCAGGGCUACCAUCCUGGGGUGCACCACGCAGGUAUGGCCCCCUCACCCCACCUCCACCCCUGCUGCCUGUACGAGACAGGCCUCGGCCAAUGCCACUCUCCCCAGCCGCCGGAGUACCACCACCCAGCCACCCCCUCCUCCUCGUCGAUCCAUGCACAUUCUCACCCGCACAUCCACGUCCAUGGUCACCCGCCAGAGAUAGUGGGCAAGGAUUCCGGGGGCAGCCUAGGUAUGGUGUCUGGGCCCAGGGAGGGCUUCCUGGACUGCCCCCCUCUGGACGAGUCCUUGGAGCUGGCCUCACUGCAGCAAGAGGGCCUGGCCUCAGAUUCCCUCCAUGGCAAGUCUGCCAAGGAGGCCUUCAACGGGUUCCCCUUCAACUCUGCGCAGGGCGGCCAGAGCAUGCUCAACUCGUAUGGUGUGCAGGGGGAGCUGAACGGCGAGCAGUCAGCCGACAUGGACCCUAUCAUCUCGAGCAAGCUGCGCAGCGACGUGCUGGUGGGUGAGCAGGGCUCCUCUGAGGAGACGGGCCUGAUGGCGCCCUUGCUGGAGCUGGACCAGGAGCUGCAGGCGCCCUGGGAGAGCACGGACCACACCGGCGCCGCGGACAUGUUCAACGAGGCUGACCCCAUCCUGGGGGCGCCCGCCCUUGAGACUGAGUUCCUGGACACCGAAGAGCAGCGGGGAGAUGGGGGAAGGGAAGACAGAGCAGGGGGAGUGCUUGAUGACUGCCUGGGUAUCCCAUCCUCCCGUAGUGACCCAGGGGAGCCGCUGCCCUCUUGUUUUAUGCUGUUCAAGGACAUUGGUGUGAGCGAGGAGGAGCCUGCUGAGAAGCACACCGACCUCUCCACCAGCUGCCCUCCACCCUACGUCCCCCCUCCGCCCCUGUCGCUGUCCCAUAUGACCUUGCACCCCCACCACCACCAGGGUGAUGCCGAGGAGCUAGAGGAGAAGCUGAGCGAUUCGGACGCCGUCACCCACAUGCCCUGCCCCAAGGAGAGAGAGGCUGAGAAUGAUGUGGCCUUUGAGUUUGACAAAGAGAUGUCUGUAGACAGUCUGUGUCUGGUGGGGCCGGAGCAGGGCCUGGAAGCCUCAGGUAUACCAUGCGAGGACUCUCCCCAAGAGGAGCCCUUCGAGGGGGCCUGCGAGGGGACGGGGAUGGGCUCUCCAGUGGAGUCACUUGAGGCGGCUCUAGAGGGGCCAGGGGAAGAGACUUUAGAAAGGGACAUGGCCUUAGGGCCAGAGGAGGAGGGGCUUCUAGAGGGGCAGUUUGAAGAACCCUUGGAGAUGUCACCAAUGGAUCCCCAGGAGGAGGAACCAGUGGAGGGGCCUCUGGAAGACUCUUGUAAAGACCCAGCACCAGAAGGACCGUUCGCAGGGCCAUUGGAGGAGCAGUACGACGUAGAACCAGAAGGGGCCUCUGAGGGGCCUGCCGAAGCAGAGAGCACUUUCAGCGAACACACACUCCCCACUGUUGACGCAACAGACUCUCUGCCCCCAUCCCCCUCAUUCCCCACGUCCCAGCCUAAGCCACCACUGUCCCCACGCGUGGCGGGAGUGGCACAGAUCAAACUGGAGUUCCCUCUGGACCCAGAGAGCUCUGAGAGCAAGUCGGACAUCCUGGAGCCCGACAGCACUGUCCUCACACCCAAACUGGAGCAGACAGAGGUGCUGCUGGAGGUGAAGGACGAGAUCGAGGAGAGGCCCCAAACCCCAGGUAAUGAAAGGAGAGAGUUUUACACACAUCCAAAAUGGUAAUAUGAGCUGGACAAAAAGAAGGUACAAUACAUAGAGCAGUGGUUCCCAAACUUUUUAUAGUCCCGUACCCCUUCAAACAUUCAACCUCCAGCUGCGUACCCCCUCUAGCACCAGGGUCAGUGCACUCUCAAAUGUUGUUUUUUGCCAGCAUUGUAAGCCUGCCACACACACUAUACGAUACAUUUAUUAAACAUAAGAAUGAGUGUGAGUUUUUGUCACAUCCCGGCUCGUGGGAAGUGACAAAGAGCUCUUGUAGGACCAGGGCACAAAUAAUAAUAUUAUAAUAAUGAAUCAUUUUGCUCUUUAUUUAGCCGUCUUACAUAUGAAACCUUAUUUGGUCAUCAGAAAUUGUGAAUAACUCACCACAGGUUAAUGAGAAGGGUGUGCUUGAAAGGAUGCACAUAACUGCAAUGUUUGGUUGUGUUGGAGAGAGUCUGUCUUAAAUCAUUUUCCACACACCGUCUGUGCCUGUAUUUAAACUCAGCAAAAAAAGAAACGUCCUCUCACUGUCAACUGCGUUUAUUUUCAGCAAACUUAACACGUGUAAAUAUUUGUAUGAACAUAACAAGAUUCAACAACUGAGACAUAAACUGAACAAGUUCCACAGACAUGUGACUAACAGAAAUUGAAUAAUUUGUCCCUGAACAAAGGGGGGGGGCAAAAUCAAAGUAACAGUCAGUAUCUGGUGUGGCCACCAGCUGCAUUAAGUACUGCAGUGCAUCUCCUCCUCAUGGACUGCACCAGAUUUGCCAGUUCUUGCAGUGAGAUGUUACCCCACUCUUCCACCAAGGCACCUGCAAGUUCCCGGACAUUUCUGGGGGGAAUGGCCCUAGCCCUCACCCUCCGAUCCAAUAGGUCCCAGACGUGCUCAAUGAGAUUGAGGUCCGGGCUCUUCGCUGGCCAUGGCAGAACACUGACAUUCCUGUCUUGCAGGAAAUCACGCACAGAACGAGCAGUAUGGCUGGUGGCAUUGUCAUGCUGGAGGGUCAUGUCAGGAUGAGCCUGCAGGAAGGGUACCACAUGAGGGAGGAGGAUGUCUUCCCUGUAACGCACAGCGUUGAGAUUGCCUACAAUGACAACAAGCUCAGUCCGAUGAUGCUGUGACACACCGCCCCAGACCAUGACGGACCCUCCACCUCCAAAUCGAUCCCGCUCCAGAGUACAGGCCUCGGUGUAACGCUCAUUCCUUCGAUGAUAAACGCGAAUCUGACCAUCACCCCUGGUGAGACAAAACCACGACUUGUCAGUGAAGAGCACUUUUUGCCAGUCCUGUCUGGUCCAGCGACGGUGGGUUUGUGCCCAUAGGCGACAUUGUUUCCGGUGAUGUCUGGUGAGGACCUGCCUUACAACAGGCCUACAAGCCCUCAGUCCAGCCUCUCUCAGCCUAUUUUGGACAGUUUGAGCACUGAUGGAGGGAUUGUGCGUUCCUGGUGUAACUCGGGCAGUUGUUGUUGGCAUCCUGUACCUGUCCGGCAGGUGUGAUGUUCGGAUGUACCGAUCCUGUGCAGGUGUUGUUACACGUGGUCUGCCGCUGCGAGGACGAUCAGCUGUCCGUCCUGUCUCCUUUUAGCGCUGUCUUAUGCGUCUCAAUACGGACAUUGCAAUUUAUUGCCCUGGCCACACCUGCAGUCCUCAUGCCUCCUUGCAGCAUGCCUAAGGCACGUUCACGCAGAUGAGCAGGGACCAUGGGCAUCUUUCUUUUAGUGUUUUUCUGAGUCAGUAGAAAGGCGUCUUUAGUGUCCUAAGUUUUCAUAACUGUGACCUUAAUUGCCUACCGUCCUGUAAGCUGUUAGUGUCUUAACGACCGUUCCACAGGUGCAUGUUCAUGAAUUGUUUAUGGUUCAUUGAACAAGCAUGGGAAACCGUGUUUAAACCCUUUACAAUAAAGAUCUGUGAAGUUAUUUUGAUUUUUACUAAUUAUCUUUGAAAGACAGGGUUGAAAAAGGGCCGUAUCUUUUUUUGCUGAAUAUAGUUUUCAUGCUAAUGAGGGCCGAGAAUCCACUCUCACAUAGGUACGUGGUUGCAAAGGGCAUCAGUGUCUUAACAGCGCGAUUUGCCAAGGCAGGAUACUCUGAGCGCAGCCCUAUCCAGAAAUCUGGCAGUGGCUUCUGAUUAAAUUCAAUUUUCACAGAACCGCUUGUUGCAAUUCCGAUGAGGCUCUCUUGUUCAGAUAUCGGUAAGUGGACUGGAGGCAGGGCAUGAAAGGGAUAACGAAUCCAGUUGUUUGUGUACCUGCGUAAUUGUACCUGCGUAAUUGCGCACCCAGCUCACUCAGGUGCUUCGGUAUAUCACAUUUGACAUUGUCCGUAAGCUUGAGUUCAUUUGCACACAAAAAAUCAUACAAUGAUGGAAAGACCUGUGUGUUGUCCUUGUUAAUGCAGACAGAGAAGAGCUCCAACUUCUUAAUCAUAGCCUCAAUUUUGUUCCGCACAUUGAGUAUAGUUGCAGAGAGUCCCUGUAAUCCUAGAUUCAGAUCAUUCAGGCAAGAAAAAACAUCACCCAGAUAGGCAGCAGUCAUGCAAGCAGUCAGACAAGUGAAAAUGAUGGUCAGUAAAGAAAACUUUAAGCUCGUCUCUCAAUUUAAAAAAAACGUGUCAAUACUUUUCCCCUUGAUAACCAGCGCACUUCUGUAUGUUGUAAAAGCGUUACAUGGUCGCUGCCAAUAUCAUUGCACAAUGCAGAAAAUACACGAGUUCAGGGGCCUUGCUGUAAUAAACUUAACCAUUUUCACUGUAGUGUCCAAAACGUCUUUCAAGCUGUCAGGCAUUCCCAUUCCCUCUCAUACCCAAGUGGCGUCGGGAGCAACUGCUUGCACGUGCGUUACCACUCCAUUGUCUCCCUGUCAUGGCUUUUGCGCCAUCAGUAUAGAAACCAACACAUCUUGACCACCAAAUCCAUUUGAUGUCACAAAGCUGUCCAGUACUUAUCCUCUCCUGGUUUCCAGUGGUUUGCAGAAGAGGAUGUAUUCCUUAAUUGACCCCCCCCCCCUCCCCCCAUAAACGUAACGGACAUAUACCAGGAGCUGUGCCAGGCCCGCCACGUCUGACUCAUCCAGCUAUAACGCAUAGAAUUCAUUGGCUUUUAUGCGAAAGCAGUAAUUGUUUCAAAACAUCUCCUGCCAUGUCACUGAUGCGUCAUUAAACUGUGUUGUUUGAUGAAGGCAUUGUCUGUAGUUUUUUGGGCCGUUUCCCCCAGCAUUGUCCCAACCAUAUCCGCGGCAGCAGGAAGAAUUAAGUCCUCCACAAUAGUAUGGGGCUUGCCUGUCCAAGCCACUCGGUAGCUCACCAUAUAAGACGCUUCUAGCCCCUUCUUAUUAAUGGUAUCUGUUGCUUUUAUACACUACCAGUCAAAAGUUUGGACACACCUACUCAUUCAAGGGUUUUUCUUUAUUUUAAAUAUUUUUUACAUUGCAGAAUAAUAGUUAAGACAUAAAAACUAUGAAAUAACACAUAUGGAAUGUAGUAACCAGAAAAGUGUUAAAAAAUCUAAAUAUAUUUGAGAUUCUUCAAAUAGCCACCCUUUGCCUUGAUGACAGCUUUGCACACUCUUGGCAUUCUCUCAACCAGCUUCAUGAGGUAGUCACCUGGAAUGCAUUUCAAUUAACAGGUGUGCCUUCUUAAAAGUUAAUUUGUGGAAUUUCUUUCCUUCUUAAUGCGUUUGAGCCAAUCAGUUGUGUUGUGACAAGGUAGGGGGGUAUACAGAAGAUAGCCCUAUUUGGUAAAAGACCAAGUCCAUAUUAUGGCAAGAACAGCUCAAAUAAGCAAAGAGAAAUUAUAGUCCAUCAUUAGGUCAGUCAAUAUAGAACAUUUCAAGAACUUUGAAAGUUUAUUCACUGGCUGUCAGGAGGACCGUCACAGGAAUGGAAUACCCAGAGUUACCUCUGCUGCAGAGGAUAAGUUCAUUAGAGUUACCAGCCUCAGAAAUUACUGCCCAAAUAAAUUAUUCACAGAGUUCAAGUCACAGACACAUCUCAACAUCAACUGUUCAGAGGGGACUGUGUGAAUCAGGCCUUCAUGGUCGAAUUGCUGCAAAGAAACCACUACUAAAGGACACCAAUAAGAAGAAGAGACAUGCUUGGGCCAAUAAACACGAGCAAUGGACAUUAGACCAGUGGAAAUUUGAGAUUCUCAAAUUUGAGAUUUUUGGUUCUAACUGCUGUGUCUUUGUGAGACGAGGUGUGGGUGAACGGAUGAUCUCCGCAUGUGUAUUUCCCACCGUAAAGCAUGGAGAAGGAGGUGUUAUGGUGUGGGGGUGCUUUGCUGGUGACACUGUCUGUGAUUUAUUUAGAAUUCAAGGCACACUUAACCAGCAUGGCUACCACAGCUUUCUGCAGCGAUAUGCCAUCCCAUCUGGUUUGAGCUUAGUGGGACUAUUAUUUGUUUUUUAACAGGACAAUGACCUAACACACCUCCAGGCUGUGUAAGGGAUAUUUUACCAAGAAGGAGAGUGAUGGAGUGCUGCAUCAGGUGGCCUCCACAAUCCCCCGAACUCAACCCAAUUGAGAUGGUUUGGGAUGAGUCGGACCGCAGAGUGAAGGAAAGGCAGCCAAGAAGUGCUCAGCAUAUGUGGGAACUCCUUCAAAAAGGAUUCCUGGUGAAGCUGGUUGAGAGACUGCCAAGAGUGUGCAAAGCUGUCAAGGCAAAGGGUGGCUAUUUGAAGAAUUUCAAAUAUAAAAUAUAGUUUGAUUUGUUUAACAAUUUUUUGGUUACUACCUGAAUACAUAUGUGUUAUUUCAUAGUUUUGAUGUCUUCGCUAUUAUUCUACAAUGUAGAAAAUAGUCAAAAUAAAGACAACCCUUGAAUGAGUAGGUGUGUCCAAACUUUUGACUGGUACUGUACAUGGCUUGCUACUUGAAAGUCGUCUUAAUUCUCACUCCAAAAACUCCUGUGGCUUAUUUUUCAAAUUGGCAUGUUUCGUUUCUAAAUGUCUGCACAAGAGUGACGGUUUCAUCGAGUUGUGAGUUGUGUCCGUGCUAGCUGGGCUAGCAACAAAUGUAGAAUUUCUGAUGCUAGCGUUGGAUGUGCUCGUGGAAGCAGAACAACUUGUGUCGUCGACAGGUGCAGGUGUAGUGCUGCUGGUAGUAGCAGUACUACCAGUAGAGAUGGUAUGUGUCUCUAUGGACGUGGGCCAUACUUUUUUUUUACCAUUGAUCCAUUUUCGAGCAAAUGGAAUGAGCAGCAGCUACAUUUGGCUACAUACGGACCGUUAGUGGAAUUCCCGCAAAAUAGUAACGGUUAAUGUGAUUGGAUGUUAAUUAUUUGACUAGGCUACCUGUAUUUGACAUUGUGUUGUUAUUUCGCUGAACACUAGAUGGUUUAAUGUUAUGUUUGGCAGUGAAAUUAGGCUACUCAGGUGAGGAAAAAAACAUCACCCAAAUGUAUAGCCCCGUUGGAAAAUCUAAAUGGAAAUUUGAAAAUAUGAAUCACAUUUUUAUUUGGCGUACCCCCGAGGGCAUACUUUUAACUGGGCGUACCCCAGUUUGGGAAUAGCCGACAUAGAGAAAAGGGGGAAAAACUCCAGAUAACCUACAGCUAGACAGUUAAGAUUGACUCCAAUUUAAAUAUGGUAAAAAUUGCUGUGGCUUUUAGUUUUUUUGCAGUCUUUAAACAUGUAGCAUUGAAAAUGACCUUUCCACUCACCUUCUCUGGAUGCCCUGUAGUUGAGAUCUUGUGUUGUGCAUUGAAUCACUGUCUUUCUCCACAGCCUCCGUGGUGGACAGCUAUGUAGAGGUGGCACGGUUUGCAGCCCCCAUGUCCAUGUGUGAGAUGCCUGACAGUCUGCAGGACGCGCGAGAGCCCACCAUCGCCCAGCUGCUGCAGGAGAAAGCCCUCUACUCCUUCUCCGAGUGGCCAAAGGUAUAG